AAGUAAUGCAAGGACCAUCACAAACAGAAGUUAAGUUAACAUAUGAAUUAAUGAAGACUAAUUUUAAGCGUAAAAUGAUUAACAUGUCUUCGAAGCUGAGAGAGGAUGAUCUUCGACGGCUUCGUUAUUAUUUAGAAGGAGUCAUACCGAUUAAUAAUUGUUCCGACUCUAUGGAUAUAUUACGAUUACUAGAGCACGAAGCAAGGAUUUCGUGGGAUAAUAUUAAUUUCGUUAAGGAAGCCAUGGGAAGUAUUACAAGACAAGAUCUUGUUGAAGAUUUAACUAAGUAUGAAGUUAAGAGGAAUUUGACACUCCUGUUGGAUUUCUAUGCGAAGAGCAAUCUAGGAUUGGAUUCAAACUUCUGCGAUAAUAAAUUAAGGAUGAACAUGGUAGCUUCGCGCUUACGGAAGAUUAUGGAUAGUGCUCGAGAGAGUGUUAAAAUCAGAGACAUAUGCUCAACCGUUGAGUCCAGUAGAGAUUUAAAGAAAGUAUUAAUGGCCUUAGAGGAGAAGAUGGAUGAAGAAACACCAUUAUCAUUGGAUGACUUUACUAUGCUUGUAAUUUUUGCUGGAGAAAUUAUAACAAUCGCUUCCGCCGAUGAAGAACAACAGGAGUCAUUGUUAGACCUAUGCACAACAGCUGCUGAUGAGCUCUGCUCUCGAAUGAAUGCGCUAGGAACCUGGAAUGACUUUAAAAAUCAUGUCAAGGAAGUGCACCGUUUCGUUCAAGAAAACAUAGAUUCCAAUCAUAACUUGUCUUCGCAAGAGAUAGCAAAAGUGGUUCAACAGUUCAGAGAAGCCGUAUUCCUCCCAGUAGGAAAUCUAUAGGAAACUCCAGAGGCUUUCUCGUUUAAAUCGAAGACUGUUAAUUAUAAAAAAAAGUUCUCUUGUUAAUCACUUCUGAACUUUAUUCACAAUUUAAGAUUAUUCACAAUUUAAGAUUAUUCACAAUUUAAGAUUAUUCUCAAUUUAAGAUUAUUCACAAUUUAAGAUUAUUCACAAUUUAAGAUUAUUCACAAAAUACAAUUAAUAAUUUCAUCAAAAUAAUGCAUAAUACAAAAGCAUUUAGCUUAAAAGACUGUUAAUUGUUAAUAAUAAUGUUAAUGAUAAUAAUAAUUAAUAAUUAAUUAAUCUGGCAGAACAUCAUUACUAUUACUAUUAUAUUAUUACUACUACAACAUCAUUACUAUUACUGCUACAAUAUUACUAUUACUAUUACGAGUACUAUUACAACAUUAUCACCACUUCAAUAAUUACUGCUACUACAAUACUAUUACUGCUAUUGCCACUUCAGUAUCCUAACUGCUACACAACACUAUCACUACUACCUACAAUAUAACUACCUCUGUCUGGACUACUAACAAUAUCAUUGCUUCUGUUGCUACCACAACAGGGUUGCUGCUAUUAUUACUAAAAUUACGAAUACUUCUAUGAUACCUUACACGCUCUAUUCAGUAUGUUCAAUCUAGGCAGCAAUUUUAAUCUACUAACUCAUGAAAUACAUAUGUAACAACUUGUUUUAUUUUUAAGUGAUGAGACAUUUAUGAACUAAAAUGGCGGUGAGCUAUCCCCGCUAACAUCAACUGAAGUUUUCCACCCAGAACCAGUCUCACACAUGUACGCAAUGCCAACUUCUUUAUUUGUUUUAAAAUACAAUUAGAUGAAGUUUGGCAAUUAACCGGAUUGACAAAUAUUGCUGACGGUUGUCAUGAAAAUGAUACUAUUGUUCAGCUCUUCAAAAUAAAGAAAAUGGAUGUGACCAAA